CCUCCAUGUCUCUCGGAGCCUUGAAAGGCCGCGCCAUUUUGGAUUCGGACAGUUCCUUGAGGAUCAUGGCCGCCAGGAAGUCUGACGGGGGUCUGUACGUGUUGAGUAGUGUGUUAGAUGUGGUGGGACAGGAGGAUCACUACGUACGGCUCAACAUACUGGUUUUGCCAACCGUCCGUAUAACCUCGAAGAGGCCAGUUGUUGCCAUGGAACACUCUUCAGUCAUCUUAAACUGUACCGUCAACCACACCAGUUCUCUCACCUCUCCGCCAUAUUGGGAAAGUGACCAACUCAAAGAUGUCUCCCCCCACUUUCUUGGCAACAUGGAGUCAGACGAUAACUACUCGCCGUGGCUGUUCCUCCCCAAAGUCUCGCGAGAACGCGCGGGAAACUACUCGUGCGUAGCCGAUCACGUGAUGGGCACGACUUCUGACAGCCUCUACGUGACAGUCCUCUACCCAGCAAAAAUUGUGGAAAUCGUCGAGGACAACAGAGACAGCGACAACGUGGUUCUUCAGUGCCUUGCGGAAGGCAGCCCGUCGCCGCGGGUAGCCUGGUACCGAGGCUACAGCACGCAGCCCAUCGUCACCGCUACGGGCACGGGAACGUCCCAGCGCCUGGGCCUGGUGCUGUCCAAACACCACAAUACGACCAGCGGGCAGUACAGGUGCGAGACUACCAACGGGCUCUCCGGAAAGGACUCCAAAUCUGUUUACGUCUCGAUUUUCCAGAAAGCUGUCACCGUCGUAAAAGCUGCUGAAAGCACAGGAAUUAUCCGUGUUCAGGAGGGAAGUCUACUGCAAGUGAUCACCUUCACGGGCAUCGCAGCGGCAUCAUUGUGUCUACUUCUGGUGGUCCUUCUGGCUGGGUUCAUAUUCUGUCGGAGGAGACCACAGCUGCAGCAGCAGGAGGCAAUGGAGUACAUGGAUAACCCCAGACAGCCGGAGUACAUUCCCAUGGAACACGUGCAGAAUAACACGUCACUUCCGGUCAACUCUCACUAUGAGCCCGUGGAUGAGGAUGUGACGUCAUCUUCAGACAUGUUAGAUUCCCCACUUCCGACACAGAACGGCAUGGCAUAUCAGUGCAGGACUUUUUACGCCAAGGUCAUUGUGCCGUACUUCUCACAUCAGCCUGGAUUUCUGUCGCUGGAUAUCAAUGACUACGUGGAGGUUGUGGAUCAAACCUCAUCAGGCUGGGUUUACGGGUCUAUCGGGGACAGAUCCGGAGUGUUUCCCGCUACAUGUGUGGAACCGAUCAACAGGACCGACAAACGGAGGAAGAAGAGAGGCAGUUUUGGAGACAGGCGAGCACGAGAGACACCCCUGUUGGUCCAGCUUUCUCGCAAGGCAGCGGAUGACAAUAAAUUCCACAUGGGGGACGAUCAUCAUCAGGACCAUUGUAGCAAACAGAAUUCUUCAGGAUCUUGAAACUCAAUCCUUUG